UUUAGACAUCAACGUAAAAAAUGUGAUUUAACAGUACCAUGGCGUUUAACAAGUAUUCCAACUAAUGCUCUUUUAGAAAUGUAUAAAUUAGAAGAACGUCGACCAACAAGUGAUGUCACUGUACAAUUACAAUUACCUGAUAAUUCAAGACAUGCGGCAGCUUCUAAUCGUAAUAUUAAGCUUUUAACUAAACAAGCACCACCUGGUCCUUAUAAUUAUGUUCAUCCGAAUACACAUCCAACAACUGCUGUUGUUACUCGUUAUUUAUCAACUGAACCACCAUCGCAUGAUUCUGUUAAUUAUGGUUAUCUAUUUGAAUCUCCAACAGGUGUUAAUCCUAAUUUUUCUUUUGAUCCUCAAUCAACAUCAGUUGCUAAUCCUAAUAUGCUUUUAACUAAACCAGCAGCAUCUCGAUCUGAUAAUUAUGUUAAUCCAAAUACACGUUCAACAGAUGCUGGUGCUAGUCAUUAUUUACCAAGUGAACCACCACCGCAUGAUCGUGUUAAUGAUGAUUUUCCAAAUGAAUCAACAACAGUUGACAAUGAUAAUUAUACUUCUGCUAUUCAAACUACAGCAGCUGCCAGUCCUAAUUAUGGUAUUUUAAUUACACCACCACUACCACCGCAUUCUAUUAAUUAUGAUCCUUCAAACAAUUCAUCAACAGGUGCUACUGUUGAUAAUUAUUCAUCUACACAACCACUACCACGAGAUCCUAUUCAUGAUGAUGAUUUUCCACCUGAACCAUAA